AUGGACAAGGCAAAAAGGGAGCAAUUUGCAAAUAGCAUAAAUGAUUUGGUAGAUUUCGACAGCACAUACUCUGCUGCGAAAUAUGAGGAUAACGUACAUGUACUUGAGGCUAUGAGAGUAGAACUAAAUUCUCUGUGGAGCAAUGUCAAGAGAACGUACAUGGAUUGUCGGGAUCAUAUGCCAGCGACCUCAGAGGAGGCACCCAUAGACAAGACUAAGCUUCGGACACAUUAUAAGGAAGGUCGGGAAUGCUACAUGAGAGUCAUAAGCUCAUUAAACGCGGAAAUUAACGCACUCAAUGAUCAGGCUGCCCAGGAGAUGGUGGAACGAAACUCUCAGCCGCCACCAGGACCCCAAGAUAUGGAUUUCAUGCCAGUUUCAAGACUCCCUCCGUGCGAUACAGACACAUUUAAGGGAGGAUACACAGACUGGCCGACAUUUAGAGAUCUCUUCACAGCCAUAUAUAUUAAAAAUUCAAGACUAAGCAACGUUGAGAAGCUUUUUCAUCUCACUCAGAAGACUGCAGGGGAAGCAAGGGAAAUCAUCAGUCACGUUCCUCUGACUAACGACGGGUUUCUACGAGCUUGGUCAAAUUUGACUGACCGCUAUGAAAAUAAACGGAUGCAAGUCAAUGAGCAGCUAAAAAUUCUUUUCAAUCUGCCAAAUGUUAGCACAGACUCUAGCAACUCAAUUCAGAAAUUGCAACGCACAGUAAAUAGUUAUGUGACGGACACAUAUCCACUGGCGUCAAAAAUUAUACGAGAACAUCUGUAUGUUGACGACGUAUUAGCCGGGGCCCACACACUCGAAGAAGCCAUUGCAUCUAGAAAAGAGUUAAUCGUUGCUUUGGAAUCGGCUGGAUUUAAACUCAUGAAAUGGACGUCGAAUAAUCACAAAGUCAUUCAGGAUCUACCGGCAGAACAACUGCUUCCCGUAAAUUGGCUGGAGCUAUCUGAAGACUCCUCAACAAAGACCCUUGGCAUAAGAUGGCAUAUUUCUGGGGAUUACUUCACUCUUACUCAACCUUCACGAGAAUUUAGACAAUCUUACACAAAAAGAGAAGUUCUAUCGGCAAUAGCGAAACUGUUUGACCCCUGCGGGUGGUUGGCCCCAAUUGUUGUCGUAGCUAAGCUGGUUAUGCAGCAAGUAUGGCUAGACAAAAUCGACUGGGAUGACGCGCUUAAGUCAAUAACUCUGAUAAAUUGGCAGAACUUUGUUAAAAACUCAGAGGCUAUAGAAUCGGUUAAGAUUCCAAGGUGGAUACGUUUCACACCUGGAUCCAAGGUCGAGGUACACGGUUUCUGUGAUGCUUCGGAGAGCGCAUAUGGAGCCGCCUUAUAUAUAAGGGUGGAGCAUGACAACCACCAAACCGACACCUUUCUCUUAGCCGCAAAGACCCGCGUGGCCCCGAUCAAAAAGAUUUCUUUGCCGAGACUCGAACUAUGUGGAGCAGUACUGCUCUCGAAGUUAGCUUCAGCAACCAUAACAAACCUUCAGAUUUCGAAAUUUACGACACAAUUUUGGACAGAUUCCACAAUUGUUUUAUCGUGGCUUAGGAAACCGCCGUGCGCUUGGAGCACAUUCGUGGGAAACCGCGUUUCAGAAAUUCUGGAAAAUGUUGGCAAUGAGAACUGGCGCCAUGUAGACUCUGAGAGUAACCCUGCGGAUAUUGCGAGUAGAGGCUGCACACCUUCCGACUUGCAAGACCAUAGUUUAUGGUGGCACGGUCCGCAGUGGUUGAUUUUGCCUAAAGAUCGGUGGCCAGCCUUUCAAGUUCCUGAAGACACAAACCUGGAAGAGAAGACGGUUAAAGUCUUGGCUACAUCAUCCUUUGAAGACCCAUUAAUUAGAUUUUCAUCAUUGUCUCGUGCAUACAGGGUGAUAGCCUACACUUUGCGUAUUUGGCGAAAUACGGGUUCUAAUCGAUCACAUCUUAGGGUUUCAUCUUUGGAGAUUACAGCUGAGGAAAUUCAGGAUGCAAAACGCCGUCUACUCAUUAUGACUCAACAGAACUAUUUCUCACCCGAAUAUCAUGAUUUACGACAAAACACUAGAAUUUCCUCCAGCAGUAGCCUUCUGACCCUAAACCCAUUCAUAGACUCUAAUGGAUUAAUGCGGGCUAAUGGGCGCCUUGUACAGUCUCCCGUUUUAACGUACGAUGAGAGACACCCUAUUCUUUUACCAUAUGAAGCCAGACUCACACAGCUUUUAGUAGAGUUCACUCAUCGAAUAACUCUUCACGGAGGAAACCAACUUAUGACCCGAGUUUUGCGAUCUGAAUUCUGGAUAUUCAGAUUAAAGCCUUUGGUAAAAAAGGUUAUCCAUAACUGCAAAACUUGUAUUUUGUAUCGAAAACAUUCGCAGUCUCAGAUCAUGGCUUCCUUGCCACCUGAGCGAACUACACUGUCUAGACCCUUCAAUAACACUGGGGUUGAUUUCGCAGGACCCUUCAAUAUAAAGAACUAUUCGGGACGUGCAUGCGUUAUAACGAAAGGUUACAUUUGUAUUUUCGUCUGUUUUGCUACCAAGGCCGUUCACUUGGAAGCUACAAGUGACUUGUCCUCACAAUCUUUUCUAGCCGCAUUUUCACGAUUUAUAGGCCGACGGGGCUGCCCUUCAUGUAUAUACUCCGACAAUGGGAAGAAUUUCGUGGGAGCCUCAGACAUUUUGAAAAAAGAUCGCCUUGAGCUUUUUAAGACUCUUCCGAAUCAAGUCUCACAGCUAAACGCAUAUCAAAAUCUUACGUGGAGGUUCAUACCUCCGGGCGCCCCUCAUAUGGGUGGCCUGUGGGAGGCGGGAGUCAAAUCUCUCAAAACCCACCUUCGUAAACUUAUUCCAAAGAUGAAUUUUACAUUUGAGGAACUUUCUACAAUAUUAGCUCGUAUAGAAGCUUGUUUGAAUUCACGACCCUUGAGUGCAGCUAGUGACGACCCCAACGACUUUUCACCGCUUACUCCUGGUCACUUUCUUAUCGGAACACCCAUUCUUGCGCCAGCUGAGCCCAACGUCUCUGACCAAGACUUGACCCUUGCAAAUAGAUGGAAACGGCUCAAGAUUGUUUCUCAACAUUUUUGCAUGCGCUGGAAGUCAGAAUACCUUAAAGAACUUCACCGUAGAACAAAAUGGAAAUACCAGCAGGACAAUCUUAGAGAAAAUGACUUAGUCGUUAUCAGGGACGAUAGGUUUCCUCCCACUGAAUGGGUUAUGGGCCGCGUUGAAAAAACUUAUCCAGGAACCGACCAAAAUACACGAGUCGUCGACGUUAGAACCCCUCACGGUACCCUGAGUAGACCCAUAACUAAACUGGUCAAACUUUUUUCCGCCUGA